AAAUAGCUAUCCGUACUCUGGUGAUGUCACCGCCAUCCAGUAUUUGUAUUUGUUUGGCGGGGUUUAUGACUUCGUCCGUUUGGAUCAUCUUGUAAACGUUAACUUUCCACCUAGCUACACAAUAUGGAGCGUGGAAGGAUGAGUCGUGCAACGUUAGCAAGCAGCAGAUCAUCGGACCAGCCUAUGCGAGUGCAAGACAGCAACAGGAUGAGUAUGGCGUAUACAACGCCCAAAAGUAACGUUAAACAGCCUUCCUUUGGAAAGCUUAACAUACCCAAACCGCAGUCUGUGAACUCUGAAAGGCGGACCAGCUUCUUUGGUGCACGGACUAGCGGAGCCAGCAUGCCUCGCAACAGCACCAUGUCAGGGUUUGGAGGAACUGAGAAGAUCAAAGACACCAGACCUCUGCAUGAUAAGUCCUAUGUUCAGCAGUGUAUCAGACAGUUGCAUGAGUUCUUGACAGAGCAGGGUUACCCAGGCACUCUGUCAGCCAAGACCCUCCAGUCUCCCUCUACCAAGGAGUUUGUGAAGGUGUUUGAGUUUGUCUACCGUCAGCUAGACCCAAACUUUGAGAUGCCAAAUCUAAAAGUUGAGGAAGAGGUUCCAGCUAUGCUUAAAGCCCUGAGGUAUCCAUUUGUUCUCUCCAAAUCUUCAAUGUAUUCUGUUGGAGCUCCUCACACCUGGCCUCAGGCCCUUGGUGCUCUCAUGUGGCUGAUUGACCAAGUCAAGAUCAACUGGUCUUUGAGUAAGCAGGAGCUGCUGUUCAGUGACUUCUGUGAAGACACUGAUAUCGAGGAAGGGGCCGAGUAUAACAAGCUCGUCUUGGACUACACAGCUGAGACAUACUCAAAGUUCAUGCAGGGUGAAGACACAUUUGACGACAUGGAUGAAUUAUUCUUCAAUAAACUAAAGAAACUUUACAACGUUGACGAAGCCCUGCUGGCCUCGACGGAGGAGAAGUACAAAAUACUCAGCGAUGAGGUUGAACAACUGGAGAAAGAGAGCCGGACGGACCGUCUAAUGACCAAGAGGAAGGAAAGGAUAACACUGCAGGCCGACCUCAAGAAUCUCCAGAGUUAUCGAAGCAGCAUGGAAACCUUUAAAGCCAAACUGGAGAACAGAGAUUCAGAACUGAGUGAUGAGCUGGAGACCACUGGCAGUCAACUGGAGACUCUAAAACAUCAGCAAAAUGAACUGCAACACCUACUGCAGAACCAGAAGUUCACUCCAGCUGAUGUUGAGAGGAUCAACCGAGAGAAGAGAGAACUCCAACAGACCAUCUCCAGUCUCAGCAAGUCUCUUGAAGAUGCUCAACAGCACAAGUGGAAUGAGGAGAUUGUUCUGGCCAAAGUGAAUGACAAGGCGGAGUUGAAGUUAGCGGAGUACCACAAGCUGGCACGUAAACUGAAGCUGAUACCACUGUCGGCAGAGAACGCCGGUGGUCACGAUUUUGAGAUCAGGCCAUGUGAAUAUGGACCCGGCAGCAUGGUUCAGCAUAAAACCCAGAGACAGAUGCUCCUGAGAAAGCUGGUCAGUGACGUGGAGGAGGAGAACAGUCGGUUAGCCAACAUGAAAGUCAGUCUGGAGGAGUCGUGUGAACAGGUGAAUUCUAACAUCUUGGACAAGUCCAAUGACCUGAAGCACUUGAGGGAGCAGAUUCGCAAGCUCGACGAGCGGUUGGAUUCUAACAUGCAGGAGCUGGCCCAAGAGGAACAGGAAUUGUUGGCAGAAAAGGAGUCAGUGGAUAACCAUCGUAACCACCUUGAGAAGAAGGUUAAUUUUGGAUAUGAUGAGUCUGUGCAACAACUGAAGGCAGCGCAACAACAGUACCACCUAGUGCUGCAGGAGACCAAUGAGGAGAGACGAACAGUAGCCAACAACCUUGCGUCUGUAUUUACCACAGCUACUAACCACUUGUCAAUCACAGAGAAGUGCCUGGAGGAUCUGCACAGCAGAGUGAGGCGGGUCUGCCCUAAGGCUGUGGAAGAGGAUGAAGCUGUUCUAAAGAAGCUGCGGGAAACUUUGAAGAACUUCAGGUCCAUGGCAAACAGUUAGUAAAGCGAAGCGGGAGGAUAGAGGCCUUCAGGUCUGCAGGGGCAGAUCAUUUCUAUGACUAUGGAAGUGGAGUUUUCCCUGUCAUGUGUGUUUUUAGGUUGUUUCCAUCUUGGAAAACAGAAACUUACCUAAUUAAUUAUUUGUUCUGAAUUGUUACUUGUUCGGAAUUGUUAUUUGUUCUGAGUUUUCAUGUGUUUUGUGUCAUUUUAUAUCACUGAAUGAAAAAGGAUAAAAUAAAAAAUACACUUCUGUUUUUUCAUUAAUAAACAUUAAUACAUAACUUUAAAACCCUCUAGUUUCUAUAAAAUAGUCUAAUAUAUGGCAACAAGACACCAGAGGAAAGGGCUAGUAAAGGUUAGUGUUUCUACUGUGUAACACUGAAAAAUAGAUUUUAAUUAAAAAAAAAAAAAUGGUGUCUUAAGGUGUAGUCAAUAUAUUG